AUGCCUCCUGGGCAAAAAGUCAUUGCUCAGUUCAAGACUGCAGAAGGUGAAAGCACUGGCCCUCCACUCAAUUUACCUGGUGAUGCUACUCCUGAACAACUAGAACUUUUACUUAAUCAGCUUUUAAAUCAGGGCGAUGAUCCAGUUCCUUACUCUUUUUAUGUUGGAGAAGACGAAAUUAAAAAGGAUCUAUGGACAGAUCGUAGAGAUAAAUCAACCGAAGACACAAUUGUUAUUGUAUAUCAGCCUCAAGCUAUAUUCAGAGUAAGAGCAGUAUCGCGUUGUACGUCUACGUUAUCUGGACAUACAGAAGCUAUCUUAUCCUGCUCAUUCAGUCCUGACGGAUCUCAACUUGCCACUGGAUCAGGCGACUGCACAGUCCGUAUUUGGGAUCUCAACACAGAAACACCCAAGAGCACUCUAAGAGGACACAGCGGUUGGGUUCUAUGUAUCGCAUGGUCGCCCGAUGGCAGUACAUUGGCUUCAGGCAGCAUGGAUAAUACAGUCAGAUUAUGGGACCCCAAGACAGGCAAACAGAUCGGCGACGGUUUGAAAGGACAUAGGAAAUGGAUUACAAGCUUAGCUUGGGAACCUUAUCAUUUGAAUUCCAAAGCAAAUAGAUUAGCAAGUUCUUCAAAGGACCAUACAGUGCGUGUUUGGAACACUUCCCUAAGGAAGAUGGAGUUUAGUAUCGCUCAACAUACGGCAGCUGUAACUUGUGUGAAGUGGGGAGGUGAAGGUCUAAUCUAUUCUGCAUCACAAGACAAGACAAUCAAGGUCUGGAACUCUUCUGGCAUGCUCAUCAAAACCCUCGAAGGCCACGGUCACUGGGUGAACACCUUGGCACUCAGUACUGAUUUUGUACUUCGUACAGGACCUUACGACCAUACAGGAAAGCGCCACAAGACAGAAGAAGAAGCCAAAGCAGCUGCUCUUGCAAGAUACAAUGCACUCAAGGGCAAAGGCUCAGAACGACUUGUCUCUGGAUCAGAUGAUUUCACCAUGUUUUAUUGGGAACCAGAAAAGAGUAAAAAGCCUAUUACGAGAAUGACUGGACAUCAAAAACUAGUAAACCAUGUUGCCUUUUCACCUGAUGGUCGAUUGAUUGCAAGUGCUUCCUUUGAUAACUCUGUCAAACUGUGGGACGGCAUGACAGGUAAAUUCAUUGGUAACUUGAGAGGCCAUGUUGGUGCAGUAUACCAAGUCGCUUGGUCAAGCGAUUCACGCAUGUUAAUAAGCUCAAGUAAAGACAGUACACUAAAGAUAUGGGAUCUGAAAAAGAUGAAGAUCAAAAUGGAUUUACCUGGCCAUCUCGACGAGGUAUUUGCCGUCGAUUGGUCACCUGGAGGAGAUAAAGUUGCAAGUGGUGGUAAAGACAAGCAACUGAAGAUCUGGAGACAUUAG